ACCAAACCAAAUUCACUCAUCGAGUAGUAAGUAUUAAUUCAUAAAAGCAAUGCCCAUUAUGUUUACAGUUCAUUACGGAACAAUGCUGAUCCUUAUUUCAUUUUGUAGCACAUUCAAACCUAUAUGAGGAGACACAGCUAUCAGAGAUCUUUAUGUAUUACACUUAAAUUGUAAAAAAUAUAUAUAGGUCUCCAAUAUGAUUGCCCUUCAAAGUCACGUGCACUAUUCAAUGUAUAUAUAUGUCGACCCAAUUAUUACUCAUCACAUCGUAUCAUCGCGAUCCGAUGCAGCAAGGAGGUGGUACAGACACUGACUAAACCUUUUUAAACUGUGCACUUCCUGUUUGAUGUAAGGACACAAACAGUCUCUGGCGUCGUAUCCGGACAACAUGGAGUUUAACAAGUACAUAUUGGUUGUCAUCUGGUCAGUACUGACCAUCGCAACAACAGUGAAGGCGUCAGAAAAUCUUGCUCACGAAAAAUUCACAACCCAAAGUUCUGACUUCGGCAAUAACUGGGUCAGCUCUAAAGUCGUAGACGGAUGUACAUUACAACGUAUAACUGACGGCUGCUGUACACACACAGCGUUGGGACAAAAAGAGGCCUGGUGGCAGGUAGAUCUACAACAAAUGUCAGUCAUAGAAAACGUGGGAAUAAUAUACAGAGAUGAGAGAGCUUUGCACCGACUAGCUGGAUUUGAGAUAUACCUGUCUAACACAUCCGACUGGACAUCAGGAGAACCGUGUUACAAGGACACCACUGCUAACCUAGCAUCAAUGUCCGCGACACAGUCCGUAACGUGUCAAGGUGUCGCCCGGUAUGUGACCAUCUACAGUGAUCGGCGGGUAAAAGCCUACACGUGGUACUCGGAUCAAGCUUAUUUGGAACUUUGUGAAGUAUACGUUAAUGGUUGUCCAUUUGGGAUGUAUGGGUAUGGAAACUGCAAUAACAAUUGCACAAACUGCCUUGGAAACCUGUGUGAUCCUACAUCUGGUACAUGUGAAUGUGAAGCUGGAUACCAUGGUGAUCAAUGUGAUCGGAUUUGUCCGUCCAACUGUAGGCACAACCUAUGUGACAUGGCGAGUGGUCGAUGUACAGAAUGUGAGACGGGAUUCCAUGGAACCAACUGUUCUAAGGGUUGUCCAUCUAACUGCAAGGACCGAAUGUGUAUGCAAGAGGACGGUCGAUGCACAGUUGUUUACUUACCGGGUGAGAAAGAUGACGUCAAUGUUGUUGCAAUUGGGAUCGGCAUCGGAAGUGGAAUAGUAAUUGUUGCGCUGAUCAUCGUUUUGAUUGUACAGGCAAGAAGGCAUCAGUCAAGGAUUCAGCGAGACACAACGAGCUCAACAGCGGACAUGUCCCUGUCGCAGGGGCGACGAACAGAUAGAGACGGGCCUUAUGAUGUUAUCGACGAACUGUCGAGUGGACAACCCACAGCCAAUGAGUCGCAAAAUAUGGACAAUUAUGAACGCAUUGGACCAAGAGAACCGGAGACUCCACAUAUAUACGACAUAACGUCAUGAUAGUCUAGAUCUAAAAAAAAAAUCCCAAAUGUUCUUAUCAUUACGACAAGAAAUUAAGCCUAGUAGAACACUACGUGUGCUUUUAUACCAACGCGGAUAGUCUUUUAAACAAAUAAGAAGAGCUUAAAACAAUAAUUAAAUCUGAAAAAAGUAUAGAUAUAAUUGGAAUAACAUAUCCCCAAAACAGCAGAUUUUUGCCUGGUAGGGCUGACUCUCCAUAGAAGGAUUCGAUCGAUUUCUAAAUAAAACUUCUUAUCAUCGCAGGGUAGCAAUUUACGUAAGAAAAAAAAGCGCAAAGCUACCGAAGUAAAUAUGGGUUAUUCAUUUACGGAAAGUAUUUUUGGCCAAGAUCAAACUCUCUGCAAACGACUGUCUUUUAAUUGGUUGUA